AUGCCACAAACUCAAGUUCAAACAGGACACAAACUGAAGUUCAACAAACACAAAAACUCGAGUUCAAAAACACCACAACCUCAAGUUCAAACACGACACAAACUCAAAUUCCACAAACACCACGAACUCAAGUUCAAAAAACCACAAAAUCAAGUUCAAACACGUCACAAACUCAAGUUCAACAAUUGCCACAACCUCAAGUUCAAAAACCGCCACAAACUCAAGUUCAAAAACACCACAACCUCAAGUUCAAAAAACACCACACAAACUGAAGUUCAAACACGACACAAACUCAAGUUCAACAAACACACAAACUCAAGUUCAACCAAUACCCAAUUCUCAAGUUUAACAAUUUCCACAACCUCAAGUUCAAAAACACCAACAACUCGAGUUCAAAAACACCACAAAAUCAUGUUUAAACACGUCACAAACUCAAGUUUAACAAAUGCCACAAACUCAAGUUCAACAAUUGCCACCAACUAA